AGCAUUAUUGUAUUGAGUGUAGACUCUAGACUGCAAAGUGAUUAUAGAAUUAUACACAUACAUCCAUCUUCCUUUCCGUUGCUGAGCUUAUGUCUGCAGCCAACAAUCCCUAUUAAAAACCCUAAAACAGAAAGCAAAUAUCCUUUCAUUACAAUUAUUACAGUGCUUUUUCUUUUUUAUCCGCAAAUUCUGAGCACAAAAUUUGGAAGCUCCACUUUCCAUAUUCGUCAAUAUCUUUUCAUUUUGUUUCCUCGAUUGGAAAUUUUAAGAAUUCGUCUGGUGGGAUAUUCAAAACGAUGGUGGCGUGCGAUUUUUGCGGUCAGCGGGCAGCCAUACUCUACUGCCGAGCGGACACCGCCAAACUGUGCCUAUCCUGUGACCAGCACGUGCACUCCGCCAACGCCCUCUCCAGGAAGCACCUCCGAUCUCAGAUCUGCGACAACUGCGCCUCGGGGCCUGCCUCCGUCCGAUGCGCCACCGACGGCCUCGUCCUCUGCCAGGAGUGCGACUGGGACGCUCACGGCAGCUGCGCCGUCUCCGCCGCGCACGAUCGCUGCCCCCUCGAGGGCUUCUCCGGCUGCCCCUCGCCUCUGGAUCUGGCGGCCGCCUGGGGUUUGGAGAUCGAGAACAAAGGGCCGCCGCCGUCCGACGAGUGGGGCGGCCUGCUGGGGGAGCUUAUGGUUCCCAACGUGAGGUCUGCGGUUUACUCCGACUGCGGGAGCCUGUUGGUGAAGAAGAGGAAGAGCCCCACUUGUGGGAAGCAGAAGCAGGUGAUUUUGAAGCAGCUGCUGGAGUUGUUGGCAGACAGCGGCAAUGCGGAGUGUGGAGAAGAAGUGGGCCCGAGGACGCCAAGCGGUGGCGGAUGGCGGCCAGAGAGUGUUUGUGAGGAGCAGCAAUUGCUGGAGGAGAAAGAGCAGCCUCAGCAGCAGGAGAAUGGAAGUUUUACGUCAUUGCUAAUGAUGGAGACGAAGGAGGAAGUCAAUAACAAUAGCUCACAGUGGAUAUCAUUACUGAUCUCUAUAUUGCUCGCUUGUCACUUAUGCUUAUUGUCUGUGGAUCUACUAUCCAAGAUAUGGGACUUCAAUCUGGGAAAGUUGAGGAGCCGUGAUGAGUCUGGCGACCUAGAACUAGAAUAUGAUGUCAGUGACAUGUUGUACACUGUCAAAAGUUACGGAGAACUUCUAAAAGAGGCACCCUUGUCUAGGCGUAGAGGGCUGGACCUCUCUGAGAUACAAUUUUACUUGGGGAAAAUAUACCCUGGUAUACCAGUUGUGUCAUGUGAAAUGGUAUUAACCAAAUUCAUUGUUUGCUUGUCUUUGUUUUACACUCUUGUGGAUUCUUUAAGGUCAUCCUGUUACAUGUCAGAAGUUCACGGCAGCAUGGUGUUUGGGAUAUACAAUAUUAUGAUCUCUAUGUUGGACAGUAUAACAUGUUUAGAAACUGAUCUUGCUACAAGAGUUCCUAUGUACUCCAUAUGGAAUGGUUUGAGUAUGGGAAGAAAUGAAAACGAGCACUUAAGUUUCUCAAAACCCAAAAGUGGAGGCAGCUCAAAAGAUCCCCAGUUCACAGAUCAGUCCAUUUUAGUGAGAAGUGAACAUGUCUCGGCCAUGACAAAUGCUGACCUGGAGCUGCUUGCAAAAAAUAGAGACAAUGCUAUGCAACGUUACAAGGAAAAGAAGAAAGCACGAAGGUACGACAAGCAUAUACGGUAUGAAUCACGAAAAGCAAGAGCUGAUACUAGGAAACGUGUGAAGGGUCGAUUUGUAAAAGCUAGCGAAACUUCAGCUGGAUGAAUUGCUUACAUAGUCGAACACUUUGUUUCUCAAUGUACAUAUUCAUUUCUUUUAUUCUGUAAUUUCCUGGGUCAUCCGUGCACUUUUCCAAACAUGAUGUGUGAUUUGUCUCCUUUUCUUUAAUAAUCUGUUUUGGUAACCUAUAAUACUGCUGAAUUAUGGGGAGAUAAUUUGUAGUUCCAAGUGUUGUAUUCUGAUAGAGGCAUGGUGUGAUUCCUCACAUUCUUAUUGUUUUGUUUAUGUUCUCCCCCGGUAUGGGAAGCACCCGCACAGUUUUGGUAUUGGAGAUAGCUUGGUUUAAGAUAAUUCUGCAUCUCAUCUAUUUAUUGUGGUUUUUGAACAAUUGUUUUUUAAUAGAACAAACUCAUUCACAA